AUGAAGGUCCUGGUUGCUGUCAAGCGCGUCGUCGACUACGCCGUGAAGGUCCGCGUGACGCCCACCGGCGUCGACCUCAACAACGUCAAGAUGAGCAUGAACCCGUUCUGCGAAAUCGCCGUCGAAGAGAGCAUCCGCCUCAAGGAGCAGAAGCUCGCGACCGAG